UUUACAUAAAAUCCUAAUGGAUCUGCAGAAUCAGCAGCUAGCCCAGUUAGCUGAUUGGCUGACAAAAACAGAGGAAAGGACAAAGAAAAUCGAUUUGGAGCCCUUGGGUCCAGAUCUAGAGGACCUAAAACGUCAAAUAGAAGAGCAUAAGGCAUUUCAAGAAGAUCUGGAGCAGGAACAAGUCAAGGUGAAUUCUCUAACCCAUAUGGUGGUGGUCGUGGAUGAAAGCAGUGGAGACAGAGCUACUGCUGCACUGGAAGAGCAGCUUCAGCACUUUGGAAAACGGUGGGCAGCCAUCUGUAGAUGGACRGAAGAGCGAUGGGUCCUUCUGCAGGAUAUUCUUCGUAAAUGGCAGCAUUUUGCAGAAGAGCAGUGCCUUUUUGAUGCAUGGCUUACUGAGAAAGAGGAUGCUGUGAGCAAAAUUCAUACAACUGGCUUUGGAGAUCAAAACGAAAUGCUGACCAAUCUAAGCAAAUUAGCUAUCCUAAAAGGAGAUCUAGAAAUGAAAAGGCAAAUGAUGAGUAAGCUGAAGUUGCUCAGCCAAGAUCUCCUGGUAGCUGUGAAAAAUAAAGCAGUGGCUCAAAAGCUGGAAAGUCGCCUUGAAAAUUUUGCCCAGCGCUGGGAUAGCCUUGUACAGAAGGUGGAGAGCAAUUCUAAACAGAUCUCACAGGCUGUCACCAGCACUCAGACAUCACUAACACAGACAACUGUAAUGGAAACUGUAACUAUGGUGACCACGAGAGAGCAAAUCCUGGUKAAGCACGCUAAAGAGGAACUCCCACCGCCUCCACCCCACAAAAAAAGGCAACUCCUUGUGGAUUCAGAAAUUAGGAAAAGGUUUGACUCGGACACGACAGAGCUGCACAGUUGGAUGACGCGCUCCGAGGCCGUGCUGCAGAGCCCCGAGUUUGCAAUUUAUCGAAAAGAAGGGAACAUCUCGGACCUCAGAGAAAAAGUCAAUGCCAUCCAGCGAGAAAAGCCCGAGAAGUACAGAAAACUGCAAGAUGCCAGCAGAUCAGCUGAGGCCCUGGUGGAACAGAUGGUGAAUGAGGGUCUGAACCCUGACAACAUUAGACAAGCCUCGGAGCAGCUGAAGAGCCGCUGGAUUGAGUUCUGUCAGUUGCUCAGUGAAAGACUGGCAUGGCUGGAGUACCAAAAUAACAUCAUUGACUUCUACUCCCAGCUGCAGCAACUGGAGCAGACAGCAAUUACUGCAGAAAACUGGCUGAAAGCACAACCCACACCAGCAACAGAUCCUGCUACAGUGAAAACCCAGCUAGAAAGAUGCAAGGAUGAAAUCAUUCGAAUGUCAACCCUGCAGCCUCAAAUUGAGCGGCUGAAGGCUCAAAGUCAAGCACUCAAAGAGAAAGAACAAGGACCAGUGUUCCUGGAUGCUGACCUUGCUGCUUUCACCAGCCAUUUCAAACAAAUAUUUGCCGACAUGCACACCAGAGAAAAACAGCUACAGACCAUUUUUGACAGUUUGCCUCCUGCACACUACAAGGAGACAAUGAACACUAUACUUGUGUGGAUGCAGCAGUCAGAAACUAAACUCUCCAUGCCUCAGGUUGCAAUUGCUGAAUAUGAAAUCAUGGAGCAGAGACUCAGGGAGUUCAAGGCUCUCCAAAGUUCUCUGCAAGAGCAGCAAAAGGGCCUGAACUAUCUGAGCACGACUGUGGAAGAUUUGUCCAGGAAAGCCCCCGCMGAAGUCAGUCAGAGUUACCGCUCGGAGGUUGAGGUGGUCCUUGGCCGCUGGAAGAAGCUCUCAGCGCAGCUGGCAGAACAUUGCCAGAAGCUGGAGGAGCGCCUGACCAAACUCCAGCGAUUCCAGAAUGACAUUAAAACACUGAAGAAGUGGAUGGCUGAAGURGAUGUUUUUCUGAAGGAGGAGUGGCCAGCCCUUGGAGACUCAGAAGCACUGGAAAAGCAACUUGAGCAAUGCACAGCUUUGGUAAAUGAUAUCCAGACAAUCCAGCCCAGUYUGAACAGUGUUAAUGAGAUUGGGAAGAAAAUGAAGAGUGAAGCAGAGCCAGAAUUUGCUUCCAGAAUAGAGUCAGAACUAAAGGAUCUCAAUGCUCAGUGGGACCACAUUUGCCAACAGGCCUAUGCUAAGAAGGCUGCMUUAAAAGGUGGUUUGGAUAAGACUGUGAGUCUCAGAAAGGAUUUGUCAGAGAUGCAUGAGUGGAUAACACAAGCUGAGGAAGAAUAUCUGGAAAGAGAUUUUGAGUAUAAAACACCUGAUGAGUUACAGAGAGCGGUUGAGGAACUGAAGAGAGCAAAGGAGGAAGCCCUGCAGAAAGAAGUGAAAGUGAAGCUUAUUGCAGAUUCUGUGAACAAUUUUAUAGCAAAGGCUCCACCAGCAGCUCAUGAGGCUUUGAAAAAGGAGCUCGAUGUUCUAAUUACCAGCUACCAGCAACUCUGCAGCAGGCUGAACGGAAAGUGGAAGACUUUGGAGGAGGUAUGGGCGUGUUGGCGCGAAUUAUUGUCAUAUUUGGAUGCAGAAAAUAARUGGUUGAAUGAGAUUGAACUGAAACUCAAAGCAACUGAAAAUGUCCAGSGAGGUGCAGAAGAGAUUUCUGAAUCUUUAGAUUCUUUGGAACGUUUAAUGAGGCAUCCAGAAGAUAAUCGCAACCAGAUUCGGGAACUGGCUCAGACGUUGACAGAUGGUGGAAUMUUGGAUGAAUUGAUCAAUGAGAAACUUGAGAAGUUCAAUACUCGAUGGGAAGAACUUCAGCAGGAGGCCGUGAGAAGACAGAAAAGUCUCGAGCAGAGCAUUCAGUCAGCACAGGAGACUGACAAAGCCCUGCGUUUGAUCCAGGAGUCUCUGGCUGGCAUUGACAAGCAGUUGGCAGCCUACACCGCCGACAGGGUGGAUGCAGCGCAGGUCCCGCAGGAAGCACAGAAAAUACAAUCUGAAUUAACAAGCCACGAGAUUAGUUUGGAAGAAAUGAAGAAACGAAAYCGGGGUAAAGAUGCUGCCAAAAGAGUGCUUUCCCAAAUUGAUGUGGCACAGAAAAAGCUGCAGGAUGUGUCCAUGAAGUUCCGCUUGUUUCAGAAGCCAGCCAACUUUGAGCAGCGUCUCCAAGAAUGUAAAAGAAUUCUGGAUGAAGUGAAAUUGCAGGUGCCCAAGCUGGAGAUGAAGAGUGUUGAGCAGGAGGUAGUACAAUCACAGCUGGAUCAUUGCAUGAAAUUAUACAAAAACCUGAGUGAGGUGAAGUCUGAAGUGGAAACAGUGAUAAAAACUGGGAGGCAGAUUGUUCAGAAGCAGCAAACAGAGAACCCAAAGGAACUGGAUGAGAGGCUUACAGCUCUAAAAYUGCAGUAUAAUGAACUGGGUGCAAAGGUGACAGAAAAAAAGCAAGAGUUAGAGAAAUGCUUGAAACUGUCCCGGAAACUGCGGAAGGAGAUUAAUUCUCUGACAGAGUGGUUGGCAGCAACAGACGCAGAACUGACAAAGAGAUCCGCGGCACAGGGGAUGCCCAGCAAUUUGGAUGCUGAAAUUGCCUGGGGCAAGGCAACACGGAAGGAGAUUGAGAAACGCCAGGGCCAGCUUAAGAGCAUCAGUGAUUUAGGAGAGAACUUGAAGACRGUGAUGAAAGGAAAGGAAAGUCUCGUGGACGAUAAGCUCAGCCUGCUGAACAGYAACUGGAAAGCGGUAACUUCUCGUGCUGAGGAAUGGUUCAAUCUGCUACUGGAAUAUCAAAAGCACAUGGAGGCUUUUGAUCAGAAUAUAGCUAAUGUCACUACUUGGAUGUAUCGUGCUGAAAUACUGUUGGAUGAAUCUGACAAACAAAAACCCCAGCAAAGAGAGGAAAUUCUUAAGCGCUUAAAGGCUGAGCUGAAUGACAUUCACCCCAAGGUGGACUCUGUGCGUGACCAGGCCAGGGAUUUGAUGACAAACCGUGGGGAUCACUGCAGGAAAGUGGUAGAGCCUAAACUUUCAGAGCUCAACCAGCGAUUUGCAACUCUGUCGCAAAGAAUUAAGAGUGUGAAGCCCUUCAUUCCUUUGAAGGAAUUGGAGCAAUUUGACUUCGAUAUACAAAAAAUGCUUGAACCACUGGAGGUUGAAAUUCAGCAGGGAGUGAAUCUGAAAGAAGAGGACUUCAAUAAAGAUAUGAGUGAAGAGGAUGAGAGCACAGUGAAAGAAUUGCUGCAGAGGGGUGACAGACUUCAAAAGGGAGUCACAGAUGAGAAAAAACGUGAAGAAAUAAAGACAAAACAACAGCUGUUGAGGAGUAAACAUAAUGCCCUCAAGGACUUGAGAGCUCAAAGAAGAAAAAAGGCUUUAGAGAUUUCUCAUCAAUGGUAUCAGUACAAGAGGCAGGCUGAUGACCUAAUGACAUGGCUGGAUGACAUUGAGAAAAAGUUAGCGGGUCUGCCAGACCACAAAGAUGAGCAGAAGCUAAAGGAGAUUGGUGGAGAGUUGGAGAAGAAGAAGGAAGAUCUGAAUGCGGUGCACAGGCAGGCUGAACGCUUGUCUAAGGAUGGGGCUGCAAAAGCAGUGGAGCCAACCCUGAUACAGCUCAGCAAGCGCUGGCAAGAUUUUGAGAGCAAAUUUGCUCAGUUUCGAAGACUCAACUAUGCACAAAUUCAAACAGUUCGUGAAGAUACAACUUUUGUGAUGACUGAAACUAGGACUGUGGAAACCACUCACGUGCCUUCUACAUACCUGGCAGAGAUCCUUCACCUYCUGCAAGCCUUGUCCGAAGUGGAAGAGCGCCUUAAUUCUCCUGUCCUGCAGGCUAAGGAUUGCGAGGAUCUCUUCAAACAAGAAGAGUGUCUCAAGAGCAUUAAGGAUAGCCUGGGGAGACUUCAGGGUCAUAUAGAAAUUAUUAACAAGAAGAAGACACCGGCUUUGCAAAGUGUGUCACCAAAGGAAGCAGCAAAUAUACAAGAAAAGCUGACUCAACUUAAUUUUGAAUGGGAGAAAGUUAACAAGAAGUACAGGGACCGACAGGCGCGGUUUGACAAAUCUUUGGAAAAGUGGCAGAUUUUUCAUUCUGACAUGAAGAGAUUUAAUCACUGGCUGAGUGAAACUGAAGAGAAGCUGUCAAGAGCACAGAUAGAGGCUGGAGAUGUGGGGCUUGUGAAAACCAAGCAAUUUAUCCAGGUAUGACUUGAUUAGCCUAUUUCCUGUUUUUCUGCAGGGUUUAAGAAAUUUUCAGGUGUGGGUGAUCUGUAUAGUUCUGCAGUUCAUUUAAGSAGGAUUUCUAAUGUUGAGUGGCCAGUAACAAUUUGUUCAGAUGUGUCUGUUUUUCUGGUUAACUAGGAAUUUUCACUGGCUUGUUGCAAGACACAUUUUUAAAAGAAAUAAGAUAUGGAAUGACAUGGYAUAUUGUGGUACUUUCAUAGUUAUAUAUUCCUUUGGUCUUUACUUAAAGUGCUCAUUAAUUUCCAUUUGAUAGUUAYGACCAGCAGAAGUAUCAGACUUAAUUUUAAAUUCUUGUGAAGGAAAUGUAAUUAACCAUUGAGCUGUACAAGAGCUAUUCCGUGAACUGUGUCUUGAAAGUGUUGCUUAUUUUGCCUGUUUCAUGUUUUAAUCAAAGGACCUGGAGGAUGCUUUUAUUUGUGAAAUGCAGUGUGACAGAAUAGCCACUUAGUUCUUAUGUGUCCACUUCCAAUUUGUAUGCUUUUCAUCUUGCAAGCUCUUUGAGCAUCAUAWGGAAAAUAAUAACCUUAGUUUCUUGGUAGUUUAUCUCAUUUCCCUCUUAUGUGAUUCAAAUGGUAAUGGGUAUGAAGAAUUAAUUCUGAACUGAUGUUUUGGAAGUAGAUAGUUUCAGCUGAAUAACUUGACCAAACUGUGGAUUCAUGUUAUAAAUUACUACUCGUGCAUAAGAAAAAGGUGCUGUUAAAGUAAUUGGCAUUUGUACAUUUGAAUUGUUGGAUUGAAUUACUUGAUUCCAGGUUGAAACAAGUGAAGUCUGUCUAACAUUAAAGCUAGAGGGUUUUUUGAAUGCAAUACUAGCCUAUUUCUUGGCCUACAGUUACAAAAAUAAAUCAUAUCUUUUGAAUUUUAAUAUUUCAAGUCAACUUUUUUGAGACUUAGACUGCUAUUUCUUGACUAUAGAACUGCUGAACAGAAAAGAGAACAAAAACAUGUAUUGCAAAAAAAAAAAAAAAAAAAAAAAAAAAAAAAAAAGAUACAACUAUUAAGUAGCACACUAAGCCGAAGCAUUUAAAAUAGCAAGUAAAUAUUCUUCUGAACAUUACUUUCAAUGCUUUGAAUAGUGAAGAAAGGUGUCUAGAUCUGGUUCACAAAAUAGAAUGUCACCAAGGAAUUAAAGAUGCUCUUUACUGCAUACAUAAAAGGUUGCACAACUUGUGUGUUUGUUCCCUGAAACUCAAACUCCCUUUCUCUGUCCCACAAUUUGAAAAAUAUUUAUGACUGAAACAAGAUAUGUAUCUARGUAGACAAAGAGUAAUACUGUGUCACAAAGCAUUACCCAUUCUUUGCUUUGCCUCUGUGCCAUCAGCCUUCUUGGCACUAUUCUUGGAUCCUUGAGCAGCUUCAACUGAUUGUUUACCAAAAACAAUGGAUCCAUGAGAAAAUAAAA